AAUUUUUUGGUUGUAUUGUGACAGAAGUUUAUUUCCUAAAGGCAGGUUUUGCACUGAAUUUCAAUACCAGAAUAGUAAGAUAUUUUAUUAGAGUAUAGCUUUAAUUUUGAUGUGAGUUGUUAAGCUAGAAAUCUUGUCAAAUAUUUUUAUUUGUAUCCUUCUAGUGUGAAAAGCCUUGGAACUUAAUGGAAGAGCUGGAAGAUCUUCAAAUAAUUUCUCACAUUAAACAUCUGCAGGAAGAUAUUUAUACAAUGAAAACAUGGUCUAGCAGCGUAAUUAAAAAACAAGAAGAACUGCAGAAGAAUUUAACAACCCUUUUUCAUGCAGUUUCAAGUGUUGAACAGAAUGCAGCUUCUGUAGCAAAAAACAUAACUUUGACAAUUGUGACAGUAAAAACUGACAUAAGGCGGAUUUCAGGCCUAGUCUCAGAUAUGACUGCACUGACAGAUUCUUUGCAAACACUAGAAGAUAAAGUAGAAAAAGGUGAAAAGAAGACAGUAAAGAAUAUAGGUGACCUGCUUACCAGUAGCAUCGACCGAAGUACAGAGCUACAAAGCUUGGCAUCCAGUAAUGCAAGAAGAAUUGAGCAAAUUGAGGCAGCGUUAUCCGAGUUAAGGAGUGAUUUUAACAAGCAUUCGGACAGACUUUUGAAUCUUGAAGGUGAGAGAGCAAAAGUUCUGAAGACAGUUACAUUUGCAAAUGAUUUAAAACCCAAGAUGUACAAACUGAAAAAGGAUUUUGCCAUCUUGGAGCCAUUAAUAAGUGACCUAACACUGAGAAUAGGAAGAUUAGUGGAGGAUGUAUUACGACGGGAGAAGGAAAUGGUUUUACUGAAUGAGAAAUUGGCCAAUCUACGAGUUCAAACUGAGAUCAAAGAUAUGAAAGAUGAAAUAACCAAGAUUUCAGACAUGAACUGAACACUGUGAAAUACCACUGCCUAAAGAAUGGUAGUGUUUGAGGAGUGGUAACUCCAGUACUAAAAAGAAAGACAAUAUUUAAAGGCUUCAUUU